ACAGUAAGCGAUGAGCGGAUUUGAUGACUCUGACUCUGACGUCUUUGCCGACUCUCUCGAUGACGAGCUUCUUGACCAGGCGGUAGAGCGUGCGGAGGUUAACCGCCGGGUUAAAGAGACCGUGAUACGGCGGCCACGGGCAGUUCAAAGGACUCUGACCGGCGAGGUAUUAGAAGGUGAAGUACCGGUGUACGAAGAGAUACACAGGGAGGUGACGUUCCAGCGGACCCAUCACGAACUCAACAGGCCAAACCUCGGCUCGUACAUCUAUCCGAGUAACUUCGACGUGAGAGACUACCAGUACGACAUCAUAGCAAAGGCUCUCUACACAAACCUGCUAUGUGCCAUUCCAACAGGUAUGGGUAAGACCUUCAUUGCCUCGACCGUGAUGCUUAACUACUACAGAUGGUUCACGAAGGGCAAGAUCAUAUUCAUGGCGCCAACGAGGCCCCUUGUGGCUCAGCAGAUCCAAGCGUGUCUCGGCGUGACUGAUAUACCCAGUGACGAUACCGCAGUGUUGUUGGACAAGUCACGGAAGAACAGACCUCAGAUCUGGGAGAGUAAGCGCGUCUUCUUCACAACACCUCAAGUUGUUGAGAAUGAUCUUAAGGCUGGUACUCUGAACCCCAAGGAGAUUGUAUGCCUCGUCAUCGAUGAAGCACACAGGGCCAGAGAGAAUUACGCAUACACCGGUGUUGUGAAGUUCAUUGACAGGUUCAACACCUCAUUCAGGGUGCUAGCUUUGACUGCGACGCCAGCAUCUGAUAUUGAAGGUGUCCAGGAAGUUGUGAACAACUUGCACAUCUCCCAUAUUGAAAUCAGAACUGAGGAGAGCGCCGACAUUGCCAAGUACAUGAAGGACAAGGAACAGGUGAGGAUCAAUGUCGAUUCAAAUGCUGAUAUGGAGGAUAUCAUUGAAAUGUUGGGGACUGCUAUUGAGCCAAUACUGAAGCAGGCAAAUGAGGCAAACAUCUACGAUGUGACUGAUCCGUCAAGGAUCAACGCAUUUGUAGUGAUGCAGAAGUCCAAGGCAGUAGUGACAAAUCCUUCGUUAAACGAAGGUGUUAAAUGGAAAUUCUUCUUCAUUUUGCAGGUCAUUGGAUACGUUGGACAGAUGCUGCGUAGGUUGAGGAUAUACGGCGUGAGAUCGUUCUAUUCAUACUUCACAGAUAAGUGCACAGAGUUUAGAACCAAAUACAAGCUGGGGAAAUCUUCAAACAAGCUAUCUGCAUCAUUCUUCUUCCAUCCAAUGCUAAAACAUAUAGAGAAGAGAUGCGAGGAAUUAUUAGAGGGCAAUAACUAUAUCAGCCAUCCAAAACUUGAACAUUUGAUUACCGAACUUGAAGAUUUUUGCACCCAUAAGAAAGAUUCAAGGGUGAUUGUCUUUACAGAGUUGAGGGAAUCUGCCUUGGAGAUUGUCCAGACCAUUGAUAAUACCCUUGGUGAUAAAUGUAAAGCUCAUAUUUUCAUUGGACAAGCUAAGGGAAAGGAAAAAUUCGAUGAAGAGGAGUAUAAGAUGAAAAAUAGCAAGAAAGGACGUGGUAAGAAGGCAAGAGAAGAGAGAAUUGAAAAGGAAUUAGCAAUUGCUGAACAACGACAGAACCAGAAGAAGCAAGAUGCCGAAAGAAGAGCUACAAGCCGUACAGGUACAUCUGAAGAGGCACAAUUGCAAGGUAUGAACCAGAAAAUGCAAAAGGAGUUAAUCAAGAAGUUCAAAAAAGGUGAAUUCCAAGUAAUAGUAGCCACUUCUAUUGGUGAAGAAGGUUUGGACAUUGGUGAGGUUGAUAUGAUCAUUUGUUACGACACCACCAGUAGUCCUAUUAAGAACAUUCAAAGAAUGGGACGAACAGGUAGAAAAAACGAUGGUAAAGUUGUACUCUUAUUUGCUUCGAAUGAGGAAUCGAAGUUCAACCAGGCAAUGCAUGACUAUGCUCUUGUUCAGAAGCGGAUCGAGCAAAACGACUUGGAGCUAAACGAAUCUGAUCGUAUAAUACCGAAGGACAUCAAACCUCGAUGCGAGAAGACGCUUAUUGACAUUCCUGAAAGCAAUUUGAUCAUCGCAAGAGGAGAAGAUUCAGACGAGGUUAUUAAGCAUGCAACACAGGCAAUGCUCGGAAAGACCCCAAAGAGUAGGAAAGGUACCACUCUGGGUAAAAGAUGCUCAAAGCUGAAGGACACGGAACCACCAACUUCAGCUCGCAAAAAGAGAUUUUUCAUGCCUGAUUUGCCAGAAGUAGGGUUUGUCAAAUCAUCUACAUUGGUUCGUAAG